CUGCAAUCUAGCUUUCAGGGGGGAGGUACCAGACCGAAGCGGCAUAUCCAUAUAGGUUCGUCAACCACGGACGGCUGAUACUAGCUGGGUAGCUGUUACAAAAGGGAUUGUAUAAUACAUAGUAGUCUUUUUGAUAUCGUCUUCUCCUAUCCUGUGUGGUACUAUACUGUAUGUCAUCAGGGUGAGUGUGCAUAGUGGAACGCGUACAGGAACUUGCAGGCUUGCCGGAAACGGCAAUGCCCUCGUGCAUAGAGAGGAGACAACAGAAGAACAUUGGAUCGCGGAGAGGGUUGUAGAAGAUCAACAAGAACGACGACUCAGUAACUAAUCAACUAAACAUCAAUUGGUGAUAGUAGCAACAGUGAAGAAUGUCGACUAAAGAACGGGGUCUGGUUUAUCUAGUCACAGGGGGCUGUGGGUUCGUCGGACAACACCUGUUACAGGUCCUUUUGGAGAAAGAGGAUGCGGUAACGGAAAUUCGACUUUUUGACAAACACAUCGACUCAAGUUUAAAUGGCCACAGCACAGAGCAGGUAAAGGUGGUGGUGACGCAGGGGGACAUUACAGAUUACUCCAGUGUCCUGGAGGUGUCCAAGGGGGCAGACCUGGUCAUCCACACGGCCAGCCUGGUGGAUGUCUGGCACAGAGUCCCUGAGACGGUCAUCCAGGCUGUGAAUGUUCAAGGAACUGUGAAUGUGAUCAAUGCCUGUGUGGAGAAUGGUAUCCAGUAUCUGGUCUACACCAGCAGCAUGGAGGUGGUCGGCCCCAAUGUAAAAGGAGACCCCUUUAUCAGAGGUGAUGAAGACACAGUGUACAAUGUUUAUCAUGAAAUGCCCUACCCCAGGAGCAAGGCCAAGGCAGAGAAACUGGUGCUGGAGGCCAACGGCAAUAAGGUGAAUGGAGGGGCCUGCUUGUACACAUGCUCCCUCCGUCCCACAGGGAUCUAUGGUGAGCAGCACCAGCUGAUGAGGGACUUCUAUCAGAUGGGUGUGAGGACAGGGGGCUGGAUCAUUCGAGGCGUCCCACAGGACACGGAACAUGGUCGUGUCUAUGCAGGCAACGUGGCUUGGAUGCAUCUGCUGGCUGCUCGCUCCCUGAGAGAGCGCCCCCAAAGGCUUGGAGGGGAGGUUUACUUCUGCUAUGACGACUCACCCUACAAGAGUUAUGAGGAUUUCAACAUGCAGUUCCUGUCUGGGUUCAACUUCCGCCAGGUUCGUGUGCCGCUGUUGGUGCUGUGGGUCGUGGCCUGCCUGAAUGACCUGCUCCGCUGGGUGCUGAAACCUGUGUGCAGCUACACACCAUUACUCAACCGCUACACACUCGCUGUGGCCAGCACCUCCUUCACAGUGGGUUCAGACAAGGCCCAGCGCCACUUCCAAUACCGCCCUCUCUAUGACUGGGACCAGUGCAAGGCCCGCACACAGAGAUGGGUGGACACCUUUCCCUUCGCAGGCCCCAAGGAAUCCUGAUCUGGGCUGAUCUGCUGGGCGGAACCUGGUCUGUGCUGAACCAAUGCACCACACAUCAUAACCUGGAAUGAUAGGACUUUCUCUGAUUUAUAUUCUCACUAUGUUUGCUCCAUCAUAAGCAGUAUUAUCAUUACAUGUAUGCAAACGAACUCUUGACCCCUGAACUCUUAAACCAUGAACCAUGACCUCCUGCACUUGUUCUUCAAAAAUGUUGUUAUUCCAGCUGAGUUAUGUCCUCCUACCUGUCACUACUUGUGGCUAGCCUGUAGUUCCUCAGGCAAAAUGAUGACAAAGCAUGUUCCACACUGAAAUGGGUCACUUAUCCAUCCCAUGAUCUUCUGAUUCACAUGAGACCCUUCCCAGCCCUUAAUAAGAGAUUAUGCAUUGGACAUUCAAUAUAAAUAGUUUGGUGCUUCAUCGGACAUUGCAAUAUCCAAGGGGUAGAUAUAAUGUGAUUGUAGUCAUAAAAGGGCAAAGGUAUGUGAUAUGGGAAAGCUGCUCAUUAAUUAUUUUGAGUCUAUCUUCAGCAAUACACAGUGCAAAACAUUGCUGUACAUAUUUCGCCAUACAUACAUGAAAAUGCAAUACAUUUUUCAUAAAACAUCAUCACUACAUAGACUUGAUCUGUUUUUGUUGAGAAGAGUGCUGGUACAGAAAAUAAGUAUUAAACAUGCAUUAAUGCACACAGAGAAUAUUGUUGUAAUUAUAAACGUCUGAAUAUGUUCUAUGUGGUUGUAGAGUUUUGAAUACAUUACUACUAAGGUGAUUUUAUAAUCUGAAUCCACUGCCAAUUAAAAAACAAUUUAAAAUUCAUUUAAAAAACAUUUGCCAGUGCAAUUAGAUUUUUAGACAGAGAAAAGGUUAAUUAUAUAUUCCAUACCUAUUGAUGAUAUUCUCAUUUUGAGAAGUAGCAUAACUUAAAGAGCAACUGAAGGCAAUAAACAACUUCUCUGGUAGAAAGUGGCCUAUGUCUCCAACUAUAAAUUGAAGAAAUGAAUAUACAAAUAUUGAAAGCAUUUCAUGAGACAACUAUAAAAGAUGUGUAACAUGAAAAUAUUGUCCCAUUUACCAUGUGUAAUUUAUUGACGGUCCCUAACUAGCCCCAGAUAUAGGCUAUCCAAAGUCAAACCAAUUUUGCCCCGGUGGCACACCAGCCGGCUGAUGCAAAUUGGCGAAAUAAGUUGGCUAGCUUGCUAGCUAGUCUAGGAUUCUUCUAGACACAAGACCUUGUUAGACUGUUUCAGUUAUCUAAACGGUUGAGUGACUGUAACAGUGUACAGUUUUGGCAGCGUGAAAGUACAAAUGCUUCCCACGUUCGAACAUACACGAGACACCCAGUUGCAUUUCCUAAUGAGGAGAAUUGAAACCAGGACUCAAUCAGGAAGUUCAGUCCCCUUUAAGAAAACAAUAGACAUACUUGGAACAAAGGGGAAGAUGGGCUCGUGGUAAGGACUGGAGCGGAAUUGGUGGAAUGGUAUCAAACACAUGGUUUCCAUGUGUUCAAUGCCAUUCCAGCCAUUAUUAUGAGCCAUCAUCCCCUCUGCAGCCUCCCGGGACUUGGAAACAAUACUCUUUCUGUAUUGAAUAUUGUAUUGAAUAUGUAUUAUGUAUUUAUUUGUUUAAUUCCAAAUACAAGUAUUUUAAUUCA